AUGAGUUGUAGGGAGGGACUUAUGUCACCACAAACAGAGACUAAAGCAAGUGUUGGAUUUAAAGCUGGUGUUAAAGAUUACAAAUUGAAUUAUUAUACUCCUGACUACGAAGUCAAAGAUACUGAUAUCUUGGCAGCAUUCCGAGUAACUCCUCAACCUGGAGUUCCGCCCGAAGAAGCAGGGGCUGCGGUAGCUGCCGAAUCUUCUACUGGUACAUGGACAACUGUGUGGACUGAUGGACUUACCAGUCUUGAUCGUUACAAAGGGCGAUGCUACCACAUCGAGGCCGUUGUUGGGGAGGAAAAUCAAUAUAUUGCUUAUGUAGCUUAUCCUUUAGACCUUUUUGAAGAAGGUUCUGUUACUAACAUGUUUACUUCCAUUGUGGGUAAUGUAUUUGGUUUCAAAGCCUUACGAGCUCUACGUCUGGAGGAUCUGCGAAUUCCCACUUCUUAUUCCAAAACUUUCCAAGGCCCGCCUCACGGCAUUCAGGUUGAAAGAGAUAAGUUGAACAAGUAUGGUCGUCCCCUAUUGGGAUGCACUAUUAAACCAAAAUUGGGAUUAUCUGCAAAAAACUACGGUAGAGCGGUUUAUGAAUGUCUACGUGGUGGACUUGAUUUUACCAAAGAUGAUGAAAACGUAAACUCACAACCAUUUAUGCGUUGGAGAGAUCGUUUCUUAUUUUGCACCGAAGCACUUUUUAAAGCGCAGGCCGAAACAGGUGAAAUCAAAGGACAUUACUUGAAUGCUACUGCGGGUACAUGUGAAGAAAUGAUGAAAAGGGCCAUAUGUGCCAGAGAAUUAGGAGUUCCUAUCGUAAUGCAUGACUACUUAACUGGUGGAUUCACUGCAAAUACUAGCUUGGCUCAUUAUUGCCGUGACAACGGCCUACUUCUUCACAUCCAUCGCGCAAUGCAUGCAGUUAUUGAUAGACAGAAAAAUCAUGGUAUGCAUUUCCGUGUACUAGCUAAAGCAUUACGUAUGUCUGGUGGAGAUCAUAUUCACGCCGGUACAGUAGUAGGUAAACUGGAAGGGGAACGUGAGAUGACUUUAGGUUUCGUUGAUUUAUUACGUGAUGAUUAUAUCGAAAAAGACCGAAGUCGCGGUAUUUUCUUCACUCAAGAUUGGGUCUCUAUGCCAGGUGUUCUGCCCGUGGCUUCAGGGGGUAUUCAUGUUUGGCAUAUGCCUGCUCUGACCGAAAUCUUUGGGGAUGAUUCCGUACUACAGUUUGGCGGAGGAACUUUAGGACACCCUUGGGGAAAUGCACCUGGUGCAGUAGCUAAUAGGGUGGCUUUAGAGGCGUGUGUACAAGCUCGUAAUGAGGGACGUGAUCUUGCUCGUGAAGGUAAUGAAAUUAUCCGUGAAGCUAGCAAAUGGAGCCCUGAACUAGCCGCUGCUUGUGAAGUAUGGAAAGAGAUCAAAUUCGAAUUCGAACCAGUAGAUAAGCUAGAUAAAGAGAAAAAGUAAGUGUGCAUAAUUCAGUAAUUCCUGUUUGUUCUCCUAAUUGAUUGCAAUUAAAGUCGGCCCAAUCUUUUCCUAAAAAAAAGAUUGGGCCGAUUGCCGAAUAAAAAAAAAAAGAAUGAGCAUUCUAUACUAUGUAUUUGCAUAUAUCUUUUAUAUGUACAGAUGUACAGAUCUUACCUAUAUAUAUACAAGAUAAGAUCGAAGACUAAACAACUCAAUACUUCUAUUGUUUGUUGUUGGAUCCAUAGGAUUGGAUUAAUUAUGGAUCCUUGGGAUUGGUGGACUUUUUUAUAUCUCCUAGUUUCAGGCCAUAGAUCAAGCCAAGGGAAAGGCUCCUUUACCCAUCCUAUAUAUUGUCUUUUUCGUUCCAUGUUAAAAUAGAAACUUAAUUAUUUGAUUAUACGAGAACAAAUUCUUUAUUCUUUAUUUAUAGAAAUAAACAACUAUCUCUAUUUUCGAUGAGAAUUUGUACAUCACAUGGAAGAAAGCUGUGUCUUUCUAUUUUAAAAUUUAUAAAAAGAUUCUAUCAA